UACUCUUCUCCUCCUGUGAGUGCAUAUUUGUUGAAAAAUUCCAGUCGAUUCACAACUAAAAUGUUCAUAUUGAGAAGGAUAAAAAUUUAAACUUAAGGACUACAACUCCUUGGACAUGUCUUCUUUUGAAAGAAGAGGAGCUCUGGAUUUUCUCUUGGAAAACAGGCGGUCUAGAAAUCAGGAUUUCAAGCAUCCGAGGAGGCUUCUGUCUUUACCCGGGCGUCCUAUCAGGACGAGCACCUGGCGCCCUGACUGCUCAGACUCUGGACACUACAGGCGGCACAGGAGACCGAUGUAUGUCUCUUUUGUCACCAAGGCCAUUCUGUGGGAUAGAGGAGGCAGCCACCACACUGUCCAUGAUCAUCUGGUUCCUCACCCACCAUCUGUGUGUCCACGGUUUUUGUCCCACAUGAAAGCUCAUCCUGAGGACUUCCACUCUUUUUGUUACCUUAACAAUAAGUACCAACAGCAGCUUCCAUCUCAGGGGAAGAUGCAGAGUUUUAACCUUCCUCCAGCCACAGAGACCCAAUUUCUUGAGGGGCAUCCCAACACUGGCGGAGGACUGGGUGGUGCUCAAAGUGUUGAUUUAAUCAAGAAAAGACACUAUGCUGCUGUUCUUCCCCGUCUCCAGAUCCCUGCUACACCACCUCUAUCUCCAUCCAGCUUUGAUCCAAAUCCUCUCCAACACAACACACCUCAUCUUGACCCCAAAGGACAAGAAAGCAAUUUACGCAUUAUUCCAGCUACUGAAAUACAUCCUCCUCCUGGUCCUCCCGUUUCUCCACAUGCUUCCCCACAACCUGAAGAAAAUGUGGUUUCUGAAAGGGAAACUGUGUUUCAACCUGUUUCAAAGGAGCCAGACUGGGAUCUUAACCUCAGGUCUUCCGGAUCAUCACAUUCAGCAUCACCUACAUCCCUCUCUAUGGGAUCUCAUUCACGUUUAAGUCGUCCAUCUUCCAGUUUGUUCAGUCGGAGCACUGACCUCUUCAGUGGCAGAAGCAGCAUCCUGAGUGAUCUAACUGCUGCAGAUACUCUGGACUCCUAUCCUGAGAAGAACGUUGGUGCCUCCCCAUCAGAGCUUUCUCCAGUGAUGCAGUCACCAGUCACCUCUUUCACUCCAACAGAAUUAACCCUGCAACAACCUUUGAAGAACAGCACCUGUAAAUCUGUAUCUUCACUCCCUGAGCAACUCUCUGAUGAAUUUCGCCAAGCAUGCUCACCUGUUUCUGCACCAGGUGCUAAAUCUACAUCAGAUAAACCUCAAAGCAGGAAACGAAUGACAAAAACUACAGGAAGCAUCAACCUAGACACGUCUACAGAGUGUGUCAACAAUUUGAGCCUUUCUGCUGAUGAAGAGACGAAUAAACGUGUGUAUCCAUGUAGAAGUCCACUCGGGACCAUUCCAGGUCUACAAUCGGGAGCAAAGCUGACCCCAUCUCCUCCACCAUUUCGGCUGGAUUCGCAUCGCUGGCCUGUGCUGCCUCCCAUCUCCCCCAACAGAGGUUUCUCAGCAGCAUCCGGCUGCUCUGAGAUCAGCUGCAGUCAGUCUCAGAUGUUUGAUGAGCUGGAAGUCAUCGCUCCUCUUUCAGCCUCCUCUUUGUCUCUGGAUCGGCCAUCAGACUCAUCAGACUCGCCCCGUUCAUCUCUCACAGAGCUGUCUUCUGGCCUCGCAGCUCUCACUGUGGGUUGUGACUCUGGUAAUCUAGGCUCCUUAUCCCGGGUCCAGCUGCUUCUCCUGGACCGCCCAGUGCCAGAGAUGAAUUUAGAGGAGGCAUUCUCUCCAGUCCAAGAAUGGUCUGACCUGAUGUCGCCGUACGACGACCCCGAGUGGAUUUCAGUAGGUCAUUCAAGGGUCCUCACAGCUGGCAGCUAUUCUGAAAGGUGCAACUCUGCAGGGAAACUCCAGGAACAUAAAUUGAACUGGUCUGAAGGAGGUUCUGGGUCUCCGUCUUCCUGGAUCAUUGACCCGAGUCCCUCACUUGAAAAACUUGGAUCCUCUAAUUCUUCCCUCCAGUCCAACCACAACAAUGAGAACCCUGCUGAGGAGGAAACCCAUCAUCCAGAGAGGAACAGCCAUGUUCUGUGUUCGGAUGGAGAACGAAUUGAGGAGAGCGACCAGGGGAUGGAGGAGAGGAAAACCAAGGCAUUGAGCAUGCUCUCCAAACUACAGGACAACACUCCUCGUGAGAAUAAAAGCAGCAGGAGCCAUUCCAACUUUGAGGACUUUGACUUUUUGGCAAAGUACUGCAUUUUCAGUCAGGAGAAGUUGGCUGAGUAUAAAAGGGCUUUUGAGGCAGAGGACAUUGACGGCGACGGCUACAUCUCCUGCCUGCAGGUUCUCCUCGCUCUCAAAACCAUCAUUCCUCCUGAGCUGCUGUCUGAAAACGAAGAGAUCUACGUCUACAGGAUCCUGGAGACCGUGGACUUCAGGGUGACAGAUGGCAUCGUGGACCUUAGGCUGUUCGCUGUGAUUGCGAGCCUGGCACAGAAAAUAGCCUCCAUGGAUGAGUUUAUGCGUUCACUCAUCAGCAACAUGGACUUCCGCUCCCUUGAAGUGCGUCUCUUUAAAGCGAAGCAACUGUUCCUGUUCCUCCUGGAGGACCAGCAAGACAUCUCUGGAGCUCAGCGGGGCUUCAUCAGCGGUGAGCAGCUGCUUCUGGAGCUGAGGGCUGGCGGCAUUCAUCUGGAGCAGGAGGCAGCCAUCAGGCUUGAGCUGCAUCGCAUUCCCCCACUGGACCUACUGGACUUCCUGGCCUACCUGCCGCUCUUCAUGCUCAUCCACAAGUCAGUGAUCUCCAAUCCGCUCGAUGACUCCAGCCACAUUUGAGCUCUGCAGCUGCACUUCCUGGUUCAGGUGUCAGCAGCAACACCUUCACCGUUCAGAGACGAUUGGCACAUUCCUAACAAAAAACGUUAAAGGGAGUUUGUGUUACUGGUCUGUAGUGAUCCUAAAAUUGUAUGUUGUUAUAAAGAAUCUGUAGCAGACUUGGACCAGUCAAGUGAAACUACUAGAGUAAAGUAGGAAGAAUAGGACUUUCCCCUUACAGAAAUACCCAGAAUUAUAGGACUACAAUAAUACCUUUAGAAUAAGCAUCACUGGAAAAUGAGAAGAUUACUAACAACAGAACAGUGCACCCAACUAGGUCCCAGUUCUUUUUAAUGUUGUGCUAAUGGCACGAAAACAUAAUACAAAGUGUUAAAUGUUGAAAAUGAACGGUCGUUUUAAUCUGAGACUCAUUUGGACCGACUUUAUCCUCUUUAAGUGGUAGAAAUCACUGAUAUUUCAUAAGUAACAUGUCAUAAGUAAGUAGUCAUUGAGACAUUCAGCCCAUUGCAACUCUCUGAUCAUCAUGCAUUUGUGUAACUGAAGAUCCAUUUCUCCAUUGGUGAUAUUUUUCCUCCCAUGAAAAGGUGCGUGAGCAUCUGUUAGCAUUAUAAAGAGCAUUCACAAACUGUCUGUUAAUAAAGGACUGUUUUCGUCUCU